AUGUCGAACAGCACAAAUACAGCGAGCGAUUCCUUAGUUGUUGCGUAUUAUCCAUUCACUUUAGUCAUUGUUGGUACUUCGUUGAAUAUCUUAACGUUUGUUGUACUUUGCCGAUCAACGUUUCGUGAUACGAAAAAGCAACCAAUCAUUCAUUAUAUGCGCACCAUCGCGAUCUUCGAUAUUCUGAUGUUAUACGGAUGGAAUCUCGAUCAUUAUCUUCAAGCUGUGCACGGUUAUGUCUUAUUGACAUACACCAUUGCCACAUGCAAGAUUUUUGGCUUUUUGAAUUAUUUUGCCGGUCAAUCGUCAGCUUGGUUGCGAGUUUUUAUCUGUCUGGAUCGGUAUUUAUCCAUCAGCCGUCUUCAUCGAACAUGGUUCAGUCGGGAAAAAAGUGUUUUAAUCAUCAUUGCAUCUGUUAUCACAAUUCUUACCUUAUUCAACUCGCACUUUCUGAUUUUCACCUGUUACUAUCGACCAAGCGGAAGAAUCAGUCCCAAUUCUCCACUAUACAUUAUUUAUCCCUUAUGGGAUUAUGUCAAUUUAGGUGUGUACAAUUUUGCACCGUUUAUUCUUAUGGUGACACUUAAUAGUGGAGUGAUUCAUCAUUUAUAUCGUCGUCACCAAACACAAUUGAUUCAAAACUCCCGAAUCAAUCACCGAGCGAUUUCGAUUACACUGGUUAUUACAACAUGUCUCUUUCUGAUCAUGACAGUACCAGCAACCAUUGCCUCUGCAUUUUCUGACAUACCUCCACCAAUAUCGGUUAAAAUUCUAGAUCCAGUUUUGUAUACUUAUCAUAUCUUGUCAUUUCCACUUUAUUUUCUCACAUUUAAAGAAUUUCGGCAAGAAUGUAUUAUGAUGUUUGGAUGUAGCAAAAAUCAACAUCGAGUUCGACCAACGUUAACAGCGACUCAUACAGGUGCAGGCAUCACUAAAUAA